UCUAGAUUUUUGUUCUUCAGCUGCGCUACCAUCUUCAAUUCAACCACCUACUAGUCUAUUUCUUCCAGUGCUGGUCACAUUUCGACACCGUAUAAUUCGUCUCUUCAACCUCAACACUUCCAGCCCUUAGUACUUCCUAAGAAUACCUUUUCAACAUGCUUUCCAACAACGUCGUCAUUCUACUUGUGGGCCUUCUUGCUGGCACCACUGUUGCCGCGCCCGUAACGGCACGUCAAGCUUCGGGUACAGCCUGUAGCGAUGGAAGGCAGGAUGGAAAGUGCCGGGAUGAUGGCUUCUGCAACCUAGACCUAGGUGGCGGCAACUUCCUACCCAAGAAAGUCGCCGGACAAUGCGGUGAAGCAGCGGACAACGGUGCUGGCUUAAGCUUCGGAAACGCUGCUACUGGUGGCAACGGUAACGCCGGUAACACUGGCAACACUAACACUGGUAACGCCAACACCGGUAACACCGACACUGCUACAAGCAGCGGUGCUUCAGUAGCCGGCACAGCUUGCACUGAUGGAAGGGAUGAUGGUAUCUGCCGAGACGAUGGUCUCUGCAACUUCGACAUUGGUGGUGGUAACAACAUCCCCACACUUAUCGAGGGACAGUGCGGUCAGUAAGCGGCGGUGGAGAGGUUGGAGCUCGUUUAAGAGCAGGACCAUAUUGAGAAGAUAGACCUGCCAGCAGGAUUUGAAUAUACGGUGUCAUACAUCUGUUUUGUCUUUGUGAUACCUCAAAUUGAAUCGCGGAUAGUGGUAGGAUUAGGGUUGGGGUUAUGCUACUCAUACUCGAAGCAGGGAUAAGUACCACAUUAAAUGAGUAAAUGUGGGCUUGAUCACUACGGGUAUCUUAAAUAUAAACAUUUAAAGCGUUCUUAUUGUAUUUAGUCUUUGUUUAAGAGGGAAUUGGAGAUAUGAGCCUUGUAUUUAGUCAAUUAAAAAGUUGUCUGGGUUAGGGUUAGGGUUAGCUUAUGACUUAGCUACCCCCGCCCAUCGCCCCUUCCAACUUUAGCCCUUA